GGGCGGGGCGGGGGCCGGGCGAGGCGCGCCUCCUAUUGGCCGCGUGGCGCCGCCCGCACAGGCAGCUCUUAAAAAGCCCCGCCGGCGCCCGGAGCCGCACUGCACGCUACCCGCGCCGACCCCGCUCUGCCAGCUUCGCACGCCCACCCGCGCCCACCAUGGCCACAGUUCAGCAGCUGGAAGGAAGAUGGCGCCUGGUGGACAGCAAAGGCUUUGAUGAAUACAUGAAGGAACUAGGAGUGGGAAUAGCUUUGAGAAAAAUGGGCGCAAUGGCCAAGCCAGACUGUAUCAUCACUUGUGAUGGCAAAAACCUCACCAUAAAAACUGAGAGCACUUUGAAAACAACACAGUUUUCUUGUACCCUGGGAGAGAAAUUUGAAGAAACCACAGCUGAUGGCAGAAAAACUCAGACUGUCUGCAACUUUACCAAUGGUGCAUUGGUUCAGCAUCAGGAGUGGGAUGGGAAGGAAAGCACAAUAACAAGAAAAUUGAAAGAUGGGAAAUUAGUGGUGGACUGUGUCAUGAACAAUGUCACCUGUACUCGGAUCUAUGAAAAAGUAGAAUAAAAAUUCUAUCAUCACUUUGGACAGGAGUUGACUAUGAGAAUGAACAAGCUCAGUUCAAUGAGCAAAUCUUCAUACUAUUGUUUCUUUCUUUUUUUUCUCAUUACUGUGUUCAUUUAUCUUUAUCACAAACAUUUUACAUGGAGCUAUUUCAAAGUGUGUUGGAUUAAUUAGGAUCAUCCCAUUGGUUAAUAAAUAAAUGUGUUUAUGCUAAUA